AUGUCUAUUGAUUUGACUAAAAAUUUCUUGAAACUUUUAUAUUAUUUUAAUAGACAAGAUUUGGUUUCAUUUUGUCAUGAACAUCAUAUUUUAUUUAAUGAAGCUAAAAAAACUGGUGAUCAUGGUCCGGUGACAACUCAUUAUUAUGAAGUAAUGUCUGGUGUUAUUGAUGAAUAUUUUAAUGGAAAUUUUCAUUUUGUUCCUCCAAGAAAUAAAUCAAUAUUGUUGGAGGAUGCUCUUGAAGAGUUACAUAAAAGGAUAGGUGAAACAUUACAAUUAGAUGAAACAAAAAAUUGUUUAGAUAUUGGUUGUGGUAUUGGUGGUGUUAUUCGUGAUUUAGCUUAUACUAAAGCUUCAAUAACUGGUGUUACAAUUGCCCCAAAUGAAGUAAUAAUUGGUAAUGAAGAAUUAAAAAAAAGAAAAAUAUAUCCAAGAUGUCAAUUAAUUGAGGCUGACUGUCAUAAGAUGCCAUUUAAUAAUAAUCAAUUUUCAUGUGCCUAUGCAAUAUAUUCAUUAAAAUAUUUUGUUGAUCUAAAACCAGCAUUAUUAGAAAUUUCAAGAGUUCUUAAAAAAGGUGAUUUACAUCGUGAACAAAUUGAAGGGUUAGAGUAUGCAUGUGGUAUGCCUUCAUUACAUAGUAAAGAUGAAAUGAUAACGAUUGCAAAAGAGUGUAAUUUACAUUUUAUUGAAAACAUUGAUUUAACCAAAGAAACAAAUGAACCAUUUUAUUAUUGUUUUAGUUCAAAUAAGGUAUUUAUGUGGCUUGCUCAGUCAGAUUUAAUUGGUUUUUUAAUAAAAACAGGGCAAGCAUUAAAUAUUUUACCAAAAGGAUUCUAUGAAUUUAAUAAAAUAUUUUUAAGUGGAACUGUUAACAAAAUUGUUAAAAGUGGAGAAAUGGGAAUAUUAAGUGGUGGUGAAAUAUUAGUUUUUGAAAAAAUUUAA